UUUGUAUUACCUUUUACAUGCGCUCCACUCCAAUAAAAAACAAUUAGAGAAAAAGAGUCUCGAUAUCUGUGCACAGAGGAGGAAGAAGCACAAGCAGAAGCUGCUUCAUUCCAAUCCAUGGCUGUUUUCUUCUAUUGGCUUCUCCCAUUCAUUCUCUAGCGAGCUCAUUCUCUACUUCUCUAGCUGCUUUAAGGGUAUUUUUACAGUGUAGUGUUGUCACUUCAAUCGACCUAGGGAGGAGGGAAAAAGAAGAAAUGCAAAACCGAAUCUAAUAAAGGUUUUGUGGGUCAGGGAGCAUUGAAGUGUAGUAGUGAAAGCUCAAAUAGCUCCAUUUUUCAUUUUGUGCCCUUGAGGGUAGUUAAAAUUAUGCAGGCUCCAAAAGGAAGCAGAAGUGGCUCCUCAGAAGCACCGCAAAAGGUCCGUCCUGGAGCUGUACGCCAACUAAAAACAACUGGACUAGAGUCUGACUCAUCGUCUUCAUCAAAUCAACUUAGAACACCAAAAGAUAGAACCCCUAAAGCCAUCGACCGUCGGUCGCCUAGAAGCCCAGUGACUGAGAAGAAGCGUCCAAGCAGAAUAUCUGAAUUGGAAUCUCAGAUUUCUCAACUUCAUGAAGAACUCAGUAAGGCAAAGGAUCAGCUAAAUUUAUCAGAAUCAUGGAAGAAAGAAGCUCUGCAAGAUGCUGAGGAGUCCAAGAAGCAACUGUUGGCAAUAUCUACAAAGCUUGAAGAGUCACAGAAGCAACUUCAGGAACUGUCUACUUCUGAGGAGGCUCGUGGUGUUGAGAUUCAAAAAAUCUCAGAAGAACGUGAUAGAGCUUGGCAGUCAGAGCUUGAGGCUAUCCAGCAUCAGCACUUGGUGGACUCAGCUGCCUUGGGCUCUGCUUUGAGUGAAAUACAGCAGCUUAAGGUUCAGCUUGAGAUGGUAGCUGAAUCUGAGGCUACCCAGAACAAACAUGCAGAAUCAGCUGAUCUGGAGCUCCAGACCUUAAGAUCAAAUCUGAUGGAUACUCUUUCUCUUGUAGAGAACAUGAAAAACCAGCUAAGGGAUAGCAAAGACUCGGAGGCCCAGGCCCAGGCGCUGGCUAGUGAAACUCUACUGCAACUGGAAACUGCAAAGAAAUCUGUGGAGGCACUCAGAUCAGAUGGCACAAGAGCUAUUGAAGCCUAUAACUCCAUUGCUUCAGAGUUAGACCAGUCAAGGGCACGUGUUAAGUUAUUGGAAGGACUUGUUAGAAAACUUGAGGUGGACCUUCAUAAUGCUAGCAGCAAAAUUUCACAAGAUUCUGCAGAUGAUCAUGAUCCUGACGAGACCAUUGUUGAAAGUCAAAGGUCACAGGAGGCGAACCAGCUUGAGGCAGAGCUUUUAUCUUUGAAGUCUGAGGUGGGACGUUUGAGAUCUGCUCUAGAAGUUGCUGAGACCAAAUGCCAUGAAGAACAAAUUAACAGCACAAUGCAGAUAAGAAGUGCUUAUGAACUGGUGGAGCAUAUAAAAUCUGGAUCUGCUGUCAGGGCUGUCAGGGAGGCUGAACUAGAGGCAGAACUCAAGCAAGCAAAAGCUGAUAUUGAAGAGUUGAAGGCAGACCUUAUGGAUAAGGAAACUGAAUUGCAAGGAAUUUCAGAGGAGAAUGAAGAUCUGAAUAUGAAGCUUAAGAACAGUUUAUCAUGCCGAGGAGAAUGUGAACUAGAGAAUGAACUAAAAAAGUUGAGGGACAAUGUUGCUGACCUGAAGGCAAGCUUAAUGGAUAAGGAGACAGAAUCACAAAAUAUAGCGGAGGAAAAUGAGAUGUUGAAGUUGGAAAUUGGUAAAAGGGAAACACAAGGGAAUAUAAUGAAUAAUAAGGUGGUCAUAGAACUAGAGGCUGCAAGGGCUGCAGAACGAGAAGCUCUCAUGAAGCUUGGCUUUGUGAUGGAGGAGGUAGACAGGAGUAAUAAAAGGGUUGCAAGGGUGACUGAGCAGCUUGAGGCAGCACAAGCAGCUAACUCUGAAAUGGAAGCAGAGUUGAGAAGACUAAAGGUGCAGUCUGACCAAUGGAGGAAGGCUGCAGAGGCAGCUGCAGCGAUGCUUUCAACAGGAAAUAAUGGAAAGUUCAUGGAGAGAACAGGAUCAUUGGAUAGCAGCUAUAAUCCUGUUACAGGAAAUAUUGGCUCACCCUACAUCGAAGACAUGGAUGAUGAUCUGCUAAAGAAGAAAAAUGGAAAUAUGCUGAAAAAGAUUGGGAUCUUGUGGAAGAAGCCACAGAAAUAGAAUACCUGAUGUAGGCAUAAUGUUACUUAAAUUGGGUUAAUUAUAUUGUUUACUGGAUACAAAUUCUUUUUCUCCUAAUCACUCAUUUGCUCCCUUGGACAGAUGCCUCAGUUGAUCGCACCGUCCAAAUCAUUUUAUCAAGCAAAAUUAGCACUCUUGGGAGGUUCCUAUCUGCAAUAGCUUAGUAUAUGCUGGUUGAUUUCCCUAUACCCAUGAACAUCAGAUUGCAGCCUGUUGAUAUGUUUAAAUUGGCUUAACAAGUUCCCUUUGGAACUGAGAGAUGAUGUAUCAACUCAAAGAAAUGGCAAAACAUUCACUUGUUGCAUCUAUCUAUCUAUUUAUAUGCAACAAAACUUGCUAUGGAGUCAUUUUGUUGAAGAUAUAGUCUUGUUAAUUUGCUUGUCUAUAAAUUUGUAAAUGAAUUUAGAAUCUGCUACUUUCUAUUGCUUUUGAA